GAGGACAAAAUGUAUUUGCCCACCAAGAACAUCUCCAAGAUCAUGUACAGAGCGCUCCCAGCUUCCGAUACGAUCAGCAUCAGCGAUGACGCUGUGACCUUCAUGCAGGAAUGCGUGACCGAGUUCCUCCUGUACUUCACGAGUGAAGCCCGCGACCGCUCCAUCAUGGAGAACCGGAGAACGAAGAAGGGCGUGGGCCUGUCGAUCUCGGGCGAGAACGUCGUGGAGGGCAUGGAGAACCUGGGAUUUACGUCGUACGCGCGGAUGCUGGCCGGGUACAACGAGAAGGUCAAGGCCAGUCAAGACGCCGCGGCGCGGAUGAAGAUGGAGCGGAAGAAAUUCGUGCAGCAGAAGGCGAUGGAGCAAGCGAGGGUGGCUGCCGCUGCCACU